GCUUAAACAUCGAGCAAAAACAAUAAGUAAGUUGCAAAAGUUCGAUGUGCUCAUGCAUUUUGCGCAAGGUAGACACAUUCCACGGUAAAUUGUAAUGCUGAUAGUUAUGUUUGCUUUAUAGUUAUUCGUUCGAUCAUUAUUAAGUAAACAUAUUUUAUUAAAACGUAUUGAUCAUCUCAGUCAUAUCUCCUUCAACAUUCAUUCAUUGUCACUCUUUAUAUUCUUUUUCAGAAUAUGGAUACAAACAUUAAUAACGAAUCGAGGCAAGCACCGAUUUAUGAAGAAAAUCAAUUACUUAACAUAUUUCACAGCACAAUUAAAGAAGAACCAUACGAAGACGAAGAAUAUACAACGGGUGUUGAUUCCGUUGACAGAUUAUUUAAUAACAACGAAGUGUUCAUCAAGAAUGAGAGUAUUGCAGUGGAAGAAUGGCACCACAUUAAAGAGGAGUUUGAGGAAAUGUGUGAAACUAGUCACAGUGGUGGUAAUGUGGGCGAAAACAUUGAGAACUCUUUAAGUGGGGCUGAUGAUUCAACGUCCCUGUCCAGCUUUGAUUACAGUCUUAUGAAGAAAGAAGUAGAUAUUGACUUGCAUGAAAUCAAGUCCGAACCCGAUUUAUCUGAGGAUGAAGCAGACGAUAUAUUUUCAUGUAAUUUUUGUCGUUUUAAAACUUCUAGUGAACUGUCUUUAAGAAAGCAUCAACUUUUACAUGAUCCCAGUAAGCUGUUAUGGCACUAUUGUUCUAAAUGUAGUUACAGAACGAAAGCUAUAGCUCAUAUGAAACGGCACACUGCCACACAUCUUCCAUCUGGGGAAUGCGAAUUUUUUAUUUGCGCAAUAUGUGAUUCAAAAUUUAAACAAAAAUGUACACUUAAAAGGCAUCUUCAUUACGUUCACGGAGAUCUGUUCCGAAAGCAGAAGUCACAACUGGAUCAAAACGAUCAGAAAUUUGACUGUAAAGAAUGUUCGUAUAGCACUUUCAAAAAAGGUUUAUUUAUGGCUCAUUUAGACAAACAUAAAAACACUAACGACAUUAGUGGUUUGUACAUAUGUGAUAUUUGUUCUUUCACCACAAAAUAUAGACGAAAUUUACGAGCCCAUUUAGAAACACAUAAAGAAUGUACGCAACUGAAGGUAUAUAAAUGUAGCAUAUGUAAAUUUCAAACGAGGCUUGGGUAUUGUUUGAAGCGACAUUUUCUUUCUAAGAAGCAUUUGCUAAAAGUGGGACAACUUGACACCUACAGUCCGAGAUCUUUAAAAAUGAAGCAAGAAAAGAACAGCUAACCAAUAUUAUUCAAUAUUUUUACUAAUAUUUUAUUAUUUUAAGUUUUACUAAUUAUUUGUUCUAGAAUGUCAUAGUCGUUUUAUAAUGCAAUUUUAUUAUUUAUAUAAGUCAUUAUUACCUAUUUAUAAGUUAGUUUAGACAUUAAUGCUAAACUGACUAAUGAAAUAGUCUCCACUGUAAAAGACAAUAUACUCAUGGUAGUCACAUCCUCAUCGUCGUCUUAUACUCUUUGUCUAGUCUUUUAUUUCUGUUCAUAAUUUGUUUUUUAAUUAUCAAAAUACAGAGUGUUUUGCGGCUCGACCAACAAACGCAAACUAGGUGUUACAAGGUUCAAUCGGUUGCAAAACUAUCAAAGCAAGCAAUGUCGAUGCGCUUUUGCUUCAAAGAAAUUCAUGGGCAUACUGGAAUUGUUUUUAAUGUUGAUUUACCUUGACGGUCUUCUACACCAUUACUGUCAGACUGAAUAAAUGUUUUUUAAAUAAUUCAUAUUAACUGCAAAUUGGUAUUUAGCUGAAGCAGAUAUAUUACUUUGUUAUUUGGUGGCAAAAAGAUAUAAAACAUCUCACAAUUUUGAUUUAUUCAAAAGUUUUUAAGAAUUACUUUCGAAUGAAUAGAACUCAGUUUAACGAAGUAUAUGAUGCGAUCAAACUAUCUACUGAAUCAGAUGGGUGUACUUAUUGCCCAGAAUCCGAUCGGCAUUGAAGGAAAAUGAUCUGUUUUCUUAAAGUAAAUUGUAGAUUUGCAAAGUUAUUUUAUAUAUACAGGGUGUCCCGAAAUUGUUGGUCAACAAAGAUAGAGUGUACAGAAGACCUGAAAAUAAGGCCUGCGUUUAAAUUAUUAAGUUUUUUAUUUCUUAUAUCUUUAAAACAAAUUCGAAUCGACUUGGAAUGAUCCCUGGAACACCUGCUUUGUUUGACAAGUCACACGACAACCUGUAUGUUACAUACGAUUGCCGGCAUUAUUUAUACAUAUAAGUACAUUUAUGUAUUGAAAACUACAUAGAGAUUCAGCAGAAAUGGAAAUUAUUUUUUGACAAUUUUGUUUCUUAGGUGUAUAUUUCAAAUAUAAAAGAUAUGUAUACUUUUAUUGAAGCUUCAAAGAAUAUUAUAUAGGAAUGUGCAGAACUUAAAUGCCAUGUGAUAUAAAUAAUGGCAAUGUUGCUUUAUUGGCAACUUAAAGGUGGUUUGUUAUCAAAUGCAUAUGUUAAUUGGAUAAAUUUAUUGUUUUAUAUACAUUUUAUAUUCAGGGUUUAUUAUAUGAGAUUGACUAUUUUUAAAA